CCCGAGGGCAGGGGAGGGCGCUGGGCGUCACGCUGGGUGUGGGUCAGCUGCCCGAGGGCUCUCAGGACCGGCUGUGGACUCAGGUCCCAGUCGGGACCUCGAGUCUGCUCCCAACCAGGCCCCGGCCUCCCUCCGGAAAUCCCUGUGGGGCCCCAGCUGGGCCUCGAUGGAGCUUCUCUCGCCGCUGUCGCAGCCUUCAUUGUUACUGCUCCUGCUCCUGCUGUCGCCGCUGCUGACCGGAGGGUCCUGGCAGUGCCCGCGCACCCCCUACGCCGCCUUACGCAAUUUUGACGUGGAGUACAAGGUGCCCAGCUUCUCGGCCGGAGGUCCGGUACAGGCCAUAGCGACCUACGAGGGCGGCAGAGAUGGGAGUGCCGUGUUCGUGGCUACACGCAAUCGCCUGCACGUGCUUGGGCCUGGCCUGCAGCCAAUAGAGAGCCUGGCCACAGGCCCUGUUGGGGACCCUGGCUGCCAGACGUGUGCGGCCUGUGGUCCGGGCCCCCACGGCCCACAGGGAGACACAGAUGCACGGGUGCUGGUGCUGGAGCCGGUGCUGCCCGCACUAGUCAGCUGCGGCUCCAGCCUGCAUGGCCGCUGCUUCCUGCACGAGCUAGAGCCCCAAGGGACAGCCCUGCACCUGGCACCGCCAGCCUGCCUCUUCUCUGCCAACCACAACCAGCCCGAGGACUGCCCUGACUGUGUGGCCAGUCCUCUGGGCACCCUCGUGACCGUGGUUGAGCAGGGCCAUGCCUCCUACUUCUACGUGGCAUCCUCACUGGACCCGACGAUGGCCUCGAGCUUCAGCCCCCGCUCAGUGUCCAUCCGGCGCCUCAAGGCCGAUGCCUCAGGAUUUGCACCCGGGUUUGCGGCACUGUCCGUGCUGCCUGAGCACCUCGCUUCCUAUCCUAUUGAGUACGUGUACAGUUUCCACGCCGGAGCCUUCGUCUAUUUCCUGACGGUGCAGAGGGCCCGCGUGACAGCCGCCCCGGGAGCCUUGCACACACGCCUGGCACGGCUCAGCGCUGUUGAGCCCGAGCUGGGCGACUACCGCGAGCUGGUCCUCGACUGCCGAUUCGCGCCCAAACGCCGGCGGCGCGGGUCCCCCGAGGGAGGGCAGCCCUACCCGGUGCUGAGGGUGGCCCACACCGCUCCAGUGGGCAGCAAGCUGGCUGCUGAGCUGAGCAUCGCUGAGGGCCAAGAAGUGCUAUUUGGCGUCUUCGGGACUAGCAGAGACAGCAGCCCCGGUGUGAAUCCCAGCUCUGUCGUCUGUGCCUUUCCCAUCGACCUAGUGGACACUCUCAUCCAGCAGGGUGUGGAACGCUGUUGUGAGCCUCCUGUACCCCCUGGCAUCCGGCGAGGCCUCGACUUCUUCCAGUCGCCUAGUUUUUGCCCCAACCCGCCUGGCCUGGAGGCCCCCAACCCCAACACCAGCUGCCAUCACUUCCCUCUGCUGGUCAGCGGCAGCCUAUCACGUGUGGACCUCUUCAAUGGGCUAUUAGGACCAGUGCAGGUCACUGCACUGCAUGUGACACGCCUUGCCAAUGUCACAGUGGCCCACAUGGGCACAGCUGAUGGGCGACUCCUGCAGGUGGAGCUAGCCAGAUCUCUCAACUACUUGCUAUAUGUGUCCAACUUCUCACUGGGCAGCAAUGGGCAGCCCAUACAACGAGAUGUCCGUCGCCUUGGAGACCACCUGUUCUUUGCCUCUGGGGAGCAGGUCUUCCAGGUACCUAUCCAGGGCCCUGGCUGCCGCCACUUCCUCACCUGUGGGAGUUGUCUGCGGGCACAGCGUUUCAUGGGCUGUGGCUGGUGUGGGGGCAUGUGUGGCCAGCAGAAGGAGUGUCCUGGCUCCUGGCAACAAGAUCACUGUCCACCUGAGCUUACCAAGUUCUACCCCCAGAGUGGACCCCUAAGGGGCAGCACAAGGCUGACCCUAUGUGGCUCCAACUUCUACCUGCGCCCUGAUGAUCUGGUGCCUGAGGGCACCCAUCAGGUCACCGUGGGCCAGAGUCCCUGCCGACUGCUGCCCAAGGACAGCCCAAACAUCAGCCCAGUGCCCCGGAAAGACUUUGUAGAGGAGCUUGAGUGUGAGCUGGAGCCCUUGGGCAUACAGCCAGCCGGGCCUGCCAACGUCAGCCUCACUGUGACCAACAUGCCACCAGGCAGACACUUCCGGGUGGAUGGCACCUCCAUGCUGCAAGGCUUCUCUUUCAUGGAGCCGGUGCUGACAGCAGUAGAACCCCUCUAUGGCCCACGGGCAGGGGGCACCCGUCUCACCUUUGAAGGCCAGGGCCUGUCUUUAGGCACCAGCCAGGCUGUGCUGAUCAAUGGGACUGAGUGCCCGCUGGAACAGGUCAGCGAGGGGCAGCUCUUAUGUACUACGCCCCCUGGGGCUGCUACGGCCCGCGUUCCCAUUCACCUGCAGGUGGGGGGUGCUGUGGUGCCUGGCUCCUGGACCUUCCACUACCUGGAAGACCCCAUUGUGCUGGGCAUCAGCCCCAACUGUGGCUACAGUGGCUCUCGUGUCAUCAUCUAUGGCCAGCAUCUGACUUCAGCGUGGCACCUAGUGCUAUCAUUCCAUGAUGGGCUUAUGGCAGUGGAAAACAGGUGUACAGGGCACCUCUCGGAGCAGCGUUGGUGCCACCUGCCUGAAUAUGUGGUCCGAAGCCCCCAGGGGUGGGUAACAGGGAACCUGAGUGCCUGGGGGGAUGGAGCUGCUGGCUUCACACUGCCCAGCUUUCGUUUCCUGCCCCCACCCCAUCCACCUACCACUGGCUUGGCCCCACUGAAGCCUGAGGAACAUUCCAUUAAAUUUGAGUAUAUUGGGCUGGGCGCUGUGGCUGAUUGUGUGGAUGUGAACGUGACCGUGGGUGGUAAGAGCUGCCAGCAUGAGCUCCGGGGGGAUGUGGUCAUCUGCCCUCUGCCCUCCUCCCUGCAACUUGACAAGGAUGGCGCCCCACUGCAGGUCUGUGUGGAUGAUGGAUGUCACAUCCUGGGCAGGGUGGUGCGGCCAGCCCCAGAGGGGGUCCCACAGAGGCUACUCCUUGGUGUCCUGCUGGCCCUGCUCCUGCUUGUGGCUGCACUGGCCACUGCGCUGAUCUUCAACUACCGGCGGAGGAAACAACUGGGUGAGCUCUUCAUUCCCCUCUUGACUCAGCCUAUACCCUCCCAAACAUGGUAUCUCCAAGUUCUCUUUCUGCUCAGGCCUUGGAGGUCCACCCACACCUCCUGGGUACUGAGUUUGGAUAGACUGGCCACCAGGGGCUGUCUUUCCACAGUCCUUUCUCCAAACCUAGAUGACCUGGUAUCCUUGGACCAGACCACUGGAGCCAUCCCCUUGCCUGUGCUCCGCUCAGGCUCUGACUACAGAAAUGGCCUUGCAGCCCCUGCCGCUGAUGGUCUGGACUCCUGCACAGAGGGCCACAAAGCAUCCGUCUCAGACAGUGGGGAUAGGUCCUGCAUCCCACUGCUGCAGACAGAGUCCAUCCAGCUUGGGGACUUGGACUCUGUGCUCCUCUCCGAGGUCAAGGAUGUGCUGAUCUCACAUGAGCGGGUGGUCACCCACAGUGACCGAAUCAUUGGCAAAGGCCACUUUGGAGUUGUCUACCACGGAGAAUACAUAGACAAGGACCAGAGUCGAAUCCACUGUGCCAUAAAGUCACUGAGUCGCAUUACAGAGGUGCAGGAGGUAGAGGCUUUCCUGCGCGAGGGGCUGCUCAUGCGUGGUCUGCACCACCCAAACGUACUGGCUCUCAUCGGUAUUGUGCUGCCCCCUGAAGGGCUGCCCCAAGUGCUGCUACCCUAUAUGCACCAUGGAGACCUGCUCCAGUUCAUCCGCUCACCCCAGCGGAACCCCACGGUGAAGGACCUCAUCAACUUCGGACUUCAGGUAGCCCGCGGCAUGGAGUACCUGGCAGAGCAGAAGUUUGUGCACAGGGACCUGGCUGCUCGGAACUGCAUGCUGGAUGGGUCAUUCACAGUCAAGGUGGCUGACUUUGGCCUGGCCCGCGGUGUCCUGGACAAGGAGUACUACAGUGUUCGACAGCACCGCCAUGCCCGCCUCCCUGUCAAAUGGAUGGCACUGGAGAGCCUACAGACCUACAGAUUCACCACCAAGUCUGAUGUGUGGUCAUUUGGUGUGCUGCUAUGGGAGCUGCUGACACGGGGCGCCCCACCAUACCCCCACAUUGACCCUUUUGACCUCACUCACUAUUUGGCCCAGGGUCGACGCCUGCCCCAGCCUGAGUAUUGUCCUGAUUCUCUCUAUGCAGUGAUGCAGCACUGCUGGGCUGCAGACCCUGCAGGGAGACCCACCUUCUCAGUGCUGGUGGAUGAAGUGGAGCACGUGGCGGCCAGGCUGCUUGGGGACCACUACGUGCAGCUACCUGCAGCCUACGUGAACCUGGGCCCUGGUACCUUGGAUGAGGCGACCAUGCCCCCAGAACAGUCGCAGACCCCACCUGUGCACAGGAUCACACGUCGGCCUUUCUCAGAGCCACCACAGCCCACAUGACCUCAGCCCUAGGCAGGCCCCAGGGAUUGGACCUGCCUAGCAACCAGGAAGUUAAUCCCAAACUGCCUCUAGGCCAUGCCACGCCAGGGGCAGCCCAAGCUGCCCUCUGCCCUGUCCCUGCCCCCUUAACCUUCAGUGGUGACAGGAGGGAGCAAGGCACCUUGGCCCUUCACUCUAGAGAGGGAGCAGUGAGAAUGAUCCUUGAUGUGAGGAGUAUUUAUGGCGUACCCGGUGUGUGCUUGACCUUCUGGGCACAGGGGACUCAACAGUGACCGUACAGACACUGGUCCUUGAACUAGUAAAUGAACCAACGAAUCAUCAAGUA